UACCCAGAUAGCAUUCUACGGACAGGUUUUUAAUCGGCCGCUCCUUACAUCCAAGACCAUUGGCAGAGUAAACGGCGCUGAGCUCACUCUGAGGUCUUCGUCAGAUAGAAACUAUGUUGUUCAGCGUGGUCUUCCUUGGGUUCCUUGCGACCGGUGCUCUCGCCGGUUCGAAAUAUGAAGCCAACUCCUAUAUAGACAAUGUGCUGCGCAAUUAUCUCCCAAACAACGUUCGCGUCCAGUCGCUGGACCCAGCCAACCUGCCAGAGAUUAAGGUUAAGGUCCCGGGGAAGGGCUUGUUGAGGACCUUCAAGGCGAAACUUACCCACGGACAGCUGUACGGGCUUUCUCAUGUCGUCCAGCGCCGCGGUGACUGCUCUGCCCCUGGGUGGCAGGGAGGGAAUGUCACCCUUGGGUGCUGGCUUGCGCUGGAUGGACUGAGGAGCCACUUCGAUGUUUCGUCCAAAGGCGAUUCUUUUUUCGACAGCAAAAAGAAGUACUCGGUUGACUUGGUUGUCAAAAACACCAACCUCUUCGUCGAAGUCAGUCAGCAGAAGCCUAGGUCGCCGUAUGUGAAGACCUUGAGUGUGGCCGAUCUUUCCUUCGACCUGAGGUCCUCCAAGACUCUGGACCUGAAUAGUAAACGAUGGAAACAACUGGAGGCAUCACUAAAAGAAGCAGUCCAGGGAGGCGUCCGCAGCCUCUUGUUCGGCCCUUUCAAGCAGGCCUUGGAUCUCUCUGUUCAGGCUCUUCAACUGCCUGCAGCUUGAAAAGUUUCUUUUCAAUAAACACAUUCAAACAAG